AUUAUAAUUUUUUUUUGUAGUGGGAGGGAAAAGAAAAGAAAACUGAAGCAGGCUAGGAGAGACAGAAGACAUCAUAGUCGGAAGGGAAGUCGGAAACUCGGAACGUUGAUACACCAAACUCAUCGGCGCCUCAUCCAGACAUACUGAAACAACUGAAAAACUUCUUCAAUGCUGAAAGGAAGAAGGGUUGUUGGCAAGGGAGAGGCUGUUGCUGCUCAUUAUGCCUUUGGUCCUCAUGAAGAUGAUGCAAUUAUAAAGCACAGGCUUCUAACUCGCACAACCACAACAAGAGGUGAACCUCCAUUGAAGAAGCUACAAAAGAAAUUUACUGCCUUGGUCGUUGAGGUUGAGAAGAGUACAGAUAAUUACAAUGAUUGUGAGAAACUUGCAAAGGCCUUUUUGCAGGAACUUACCACUUUCGAGAUUCCGUUAUUGAAAAGCAAAGCAGUUGUUGAUGCAAACUUGAGGGAAAAGGAGCAUUUCAACGAGUUGAAUGAUGAGAUAAAUAGCCAGAUUCUUGAGGUACAGACGGAAAUUGAAGAUCUAAAGAAAGAACUUGAAGCCAGCAAGAUUGAGAGAAAACACAAGGAGGAGUGUGAGACGAUACGGAAAUUAAUAGCCACGCAGCCUCCUAGGUCAGAAACAGAGAAGAUGAUAGCUGAACUUGAGAAAGAGAUAGCUGCCUUGGAAGCAGAAGACAUGGCUAGUGCAAGGCUGCUGGAACUUCGCAAGAAACAGUUUGCUCUGUUAUUACAUGUGGUGGAUGAGUUGCAGGUGACAAUAGAGGAUGAACAAAGGAGUUUAGUGGAAGAGAUGAAAACUCUUUCUGAAGAGCAGAAGGUUGGUCCAGAAGAUCCAAGCGGGAGUGCAGAAGCCAUGAACAUUGAUUAGCAAUUUAGCAAUAAUUAUGUAGUAUUAUGAUCUGUGAAUGAUCCAACAAUUACUGCUUUGCAGUAUUAGAAAAUCGAUGUACAAUUUGAAUUUUGAAGUGCGAGUGAUUUUUUUUGAUCUGUUCUUCAACGUUCGAAAUUAAUGAACUGCAGCUCUGAAGUAACAAAGGCAGAUGUUUAUGCUGCAAACAUCAAUACAGUUUCCUCAGAUUGCUCUA